AUGAGAGAGAAACUAAAAGCAGCAAGGUCAAAAGCAGAAAUUUCUUUGUUGCAAGAAGACCCCAGUCCACGACCAAGGCGUUUAAAAAGCAUCAGAGAAAGGAAGGCAGAAGUCAGACUGGAUAAAGCGUCUGAUGGUGAUAAAGUUAGGGAGAUGCAAGAGGAUGAAUCCCAAUUACCAUCAAAAAUAAAGUUUCGUGAUUCUGUAAAAAAGCUUAACCAGAAGUCAACAUUCCAAACUGAUUUUCCUUCUGCUGAAGAAGCAUACAAUUUCUUUACCUUCAAUUUUGAUCCUGAUCCACAGAGUGUAAAGGCUAAAGCCAGGAAAAGGAAUGAAUUAAAUGAAGAGGAGGAGGUAGAAGAAGAAUAUGUAGAAACCCAUGAGGAUGAACAAGAGGAGGAUGAAACGGAUGAAGACGCACGCCUAGUCAAAGAUGAUUUAUUCAUUAUAGGGCAGACAGAUGAAGAUUUUCUAGUAAUGAAACCUCCUGAUUGUGAAAGCUACUCUGAGCAGCUGAAGAAGGAGAAGGAAUUUCUCUUCACACCCAGCAUGCUAGCAGUGCCCACUUCUGAGAAGAUGCCUGGAAACGUGCAGCCUCGGUACAUCGAGGAUGAGGGUCUUUACACAGGAGAAAGGCCCUUUGUAUCACAGUCCAAUCAAAAUAUUGUGGAAAACAGAAUACUCAGACAAGACCGAAAAGAGUGGUUUGGUGAUGAUGGCAAGAUCUUGGCAUUACCUAAUCCAAUUAAACAGUCAUCUACUAGACCUCCAAUAUUCUCACUGGACGAAGGCAUCGUACCAGAACUUGAAACAGUAUAUAGAAAGGCAAUAAAAAUGACAGCUGCAAAUCAGUGUCUUGUUGGACCUGGAGAUUUUCAGGGGCCGUUUCAACUGGAUAUUGAUAUUUGUGGACUGAUAUUCACCCAUCAUCCCUGUUUUAGCCGUGAGCAUGUGUUAGCAGCUAAAUUGGCUCAGUUAUAUGAUCAGUAUUUAGCAAGAAAACAGAAGAAUCUUACCAAACUUCUCACGGACAAGCUGCAUGCUUUGAGGCAUGCCGUGCAAACUAGUAUAGACAGUGGUGGUGCUGGUGUUCCUAGACCUGUGACACAACAGAGCAUACCUGAAUACAAGACUGAGAUCAGGCAAACUAGAAGACUUCGUGAUGCUGAACAAGAAAAAGACAGAACGUUGCUUAAGACCAUUAUAAAAGUUUGGAAACAAAUGAAAUCCCUCCGUGACUUUCAAAAGUUUACUAACACACCCAUAAAACUUUAUCUGAGGAAGGAAGAAGUUGAUCAGAGAUUGGAUGAAAAAGCAUAUGAAGCAGAAAUUCAGGCUGAGAUAAAUGAAUUACUGGAAGAAUAUGUGGAAGAAUAUGAAAAGAAAAAGGAAGAGUAUAAAACUGAGCUACAGGAAUGGAAAUCCUGGAAGAAGUCACAGAAGUCCAAAAAGAAAAAGAAGAAAACAGACAUUCAUGAAGAAGAAGAAUCAUUAGAAGAUUUUGAUCAUGAUGAGGAACGUGUAAAACCUGUCCCACCUAAAAUGGCCAGUAGCCUGGAAAUAGAGCAGCAGGUUAGAGAAAAAGCUGACAACUGCAGAAGGAAACCUGGAGAGCCAGUUCUAAUUCCUGAACUGGUCCUGUCGGGAAGUGUAACUCCAACUGAGCUGUGUCCUCGAGCAGAAGUUUUGCGACGAGAAGAUGUGAAGAAACGCUCAGUGUUUAUAAAAGUCCUUUUCAACUCCAAAGAAGUAUCAAGGACUGUUACCAGACCAAUAAGUUCAGAUUUCAGAGUUCACUUUGGACAGAUUUUCAAUUUACAAAUAUUCAACUGGCCAGAAAGUUUGAAACUACAGAUAUAUGAAACGAUGGGUAUGAGCAGUACUACCUUGUUGGCUGAAGUGUUCAUACCUGUUCCUGAGACCACAGUUCUGACAGGCAAUGCUCCUAUGGAAGAAAUAGAGUUCAGCAGCAAUCAGCGUGUGAACUUGGACCAUGAAGGAGUUGGGAGUGGUGUGUCCUUUUCAUUUGAAGCUGAUGGUAGCAACAGAAUGAGUUUAAUGACCUCUGGCAAAGUAUCCAAUAGUGUCUCUUGGGCAGUUGGAGAAAAAGGAAUCCCCUUAAUUCCUCCAGUAUCUCAACAAAGCACAGGCAUUUCAAGUGCUUUAAAAAAUAUUGAUGCUAUUGCAUCCAUUGGCACAUCAGGCUUAACUGACAUGAAGAAACUAGCAAAGUGGGCAGAGGAAGCAAAACUUGAUCCAAAUGACCCAAACAAUGCAGCUCUGAUGCAGCUGAUCAUGGUUGCUACAAGUGGAGAGGCACGCGUUCCUGAUUUCUUCAGGUUGGAGCAGCUGCAGCAAGAAUUUAAUUUUGUUUCUGAUGAGGAAUUUAACAGAUCAAAGAGAUUCCGACUCUUGCAGCUCAGAAAUGAGGAGGUGACAGAAUUCCGAAACUAUAAGCAAGUCCCUUUGCAUGAACGAGAAAUCAGUGAGAAAAUCUUCCAGGACUAUGAGAAGAGACUGCAAGAGAGGGAGGUGAUUGACAGCAAAAAUUACCUAGAUGCACACAGAGCAGUUGUUGCCAAUUACCUACAGAAGGUUCGAGAAUCAGUAAUAAACCGUUUCCUCAUAGCGAAACACCAUUUCAUUCUCUCUGACCUUGUCAAUGAAGAGGAGAUUCCCAGCCUGGGUGUUUUGGGACUCAGCCUCUUUAAGCUGACAGAGCCAAAACGACCAUUAAAGCCGAGAAGGAAAGAAAGGAAGAAGGUCACAGCACAGAAUUUGUCAGAUGGAGACAUAAAACUGUUGGUGAACGUCGUUAGAGCUUACGAUAUUCCAGUGAGAAAGUCAGUGAUGAGCAAACUUCAACAACCAUCUAAAUCUUCGAGGUCCUUUAAUGAGAUGUUUGCAGCCUCUUCAGCAGCUCAGAGCCCAACUGCUAGCCCAGAUUGGGCAUUUAACCAGGUUUUAGUCCGUCCUUUUGUAGAAGUUUCUUUUCAGCGAACAGUCUGCCGGACGACAACAGCAGAGGGUCCAAAUCCCAACUGGAAUGAGGAGCUUGAGCUUCCGUUUAAAGCUCCUAAUAGUGACUACAGCACUCACAGUUUGCAGUCAGUGAAGGAUGAACUCUUCAUUAACGUUUUUGAUGAAGUACUUCAUGAUGCUGUAGAGGAUGAUCGUGAAAGAGACAGUGAAAUCCACACUCGUGUUGAGAGACACUGGCUGGGAUGCGUUAAGAUUCCAUUUACUACCAUAUAUUUUCAAGCAAGAAUUGAGGGUACGUUUAAGGUGAAUAUUCCCCCAGUCCUCCUUGGCUACAGCAAAGAAAAGAACCUGGGAGUUGAGAGAGGUUAUGAUUCUGUGCGAAAUCUGAGUGAGGGCUCAUACAUAACCCUGUUUAUUACCAUCGAACCACAGCUUAUUCCUGGAGAGUCCAUCAGAGAGAAGUUUGAUACCCAAGAAGAUGAGAAAUUGCUCCAGGCAGCAGCGAAGUAUGAAGCUGAAUGUACAUCAAAGUUUCCGAGCCGCCAGUGCCUAACAACUGUAAUUGACCUCAAUGGGAAAACAGUUUUUAUUACCAGAUAUAUCAAACCUCUGAAUCCACCACAGGAGCUUCUUGAUGCUGUCCCAAAUAGGUCUCAAACAGCAGCAGAAUUGGUGGCUCGAUAUGUUGCUUUGAUUCCUUUUUUGCCAGAUAGUGUGUCAUUUGCCGGAAUCUGUGAUUUAUGGAGCACAUCAGAUCAAUUUCUUUAUCUUCUGGCGGGAGAUGAGGAAGAACACGCUGUGCUCCUGUGUAAUUAUUUUCUUGGUAUGGGGAAAAAAGCCUGGCUUAUUAUUGGAAAUGCUAUUCCUGAGGGACCAACUGCCUACGUAUUAACUUUGGAACAAAGUCAAUAUGUAAUUUGGAAUCCCAGUACUGGAUGUUUUUAUGGGCAGUAUGACACUUUCUGCCCUUUAAAAAAUGUAUACUGUCUGAUCAGCUCUGAUAAUAUUUGGUUUAAUACGCAAGACUAUGAUUCACCAGUAAGGAUAAGUUUUGAUAUCAGCAAACCAAAACUGUGGAAGCCUUUCUUUUCAAGAAGCUUGCCAUACCCUGGUCUCUGCAGCAUCCAGCCUGACAAAUUAGUUUACCAGCAUUCGGACAAGGCUGCCGUGGUGGAACUACAGGGCAGGAUUGAAAAAAUACUAAGAGAUAAGAUUAUGGAAUGGAGACCAAGGCACCUAACUCGUUGGAACAGAUACUGUACCUCUACCCUACGAAAUUUUCUGCCACUACUGGAACAAACCCAAGGCAAAGAUGUAGAAGAUGACCAUCAGGCAGAGCUGCAGAAACAGCUGGGAGAUUACAGGGUCUCUGGAUUUCCUAUCCAUAUGCCAUUUUCUGAAGUCAGACCUUUAAUAGAAGCUGUACACAGCACAGGAGUUCACACCAUUGAUGUUUCCAACGUUGAAUUUGCUCUGGCUGUAUAUAUUCAUGCCUAUCCCCAAAAUGUUCUCUCUGUAUGGAUUUAUGUAGCUUCACUUGUUCGAAAUAGGUAG